CGCCGGCUCCCCUGUCCAGGGCCCCCGGCCGCCGGCCGCAUGGGCGCGGGCUGGGAGCUGGGGGCGGUGGCUGGCCGCUCGCUGCUGCUGUGCGCCGCGCUGCUGCUCGCGGGCUGCGCGCUGGGCCUGCGCCUGGGCCGCGGCCGGGGGUCGGCAGACCGCGGGGUGCUCGCCUGGCUCUGCUACGACGCCCUGGUGCAUUUCGCCCUGGAAGGCCCUUUUGUCUACUUGUCUUUUGUAGGAAACGUUGCGGAUUCCGAAGGCUUGAUUGCUUCAUUGUGGAAAGAAUAUGGCAAAGCUGACGCAAGAUGGCUUUAUUUUGACCCAACCAUUGUGUCUUUGGAAAUUCUGACUGUGGUCCUGGAUGGGUCUCUGGCAUUAGUCCUCAUUUAUGCCAUAGUCAAGGAGAAAUAUUACCGGCAUUUCAUACAGAUUACCCUGUGCGUGUGUGAAUUGUAUGGCGGGUGGAUGACCUUCUUCCCAGACUGGCUUAUGGGAGGCCCCAACCUCAACACCGACAACUGGCUCUACUUUGGGGUCUAUCUGGUAUUUUUCAAUAGCGUGUGGGUUCUGAUGCCAGGGCUGUUACUGUGGCAGUCAUGGGUGGAACUCAAGAAAAUGUAUUACAAAGGAACCAGUGCAGGGAAAAAGUUUCAGUGAAUUUUCAAAAUCACAGACACUGGUAUCUUGCUUUAUAAGCCAGAAUGGGUCAAACCUUUUUGUUGGUCAAAAUGUAAUGCAUUCCUGUGUACACUUUCUUUUUCUACUGUUGUUCCUAAACAGCCUAUUUCAAAUUGAUUGUAUGGUGGCAAGUUUUUUUUUUCUUCUUCAGUUAAAUUACAAUAUGGGGAACAGAGAAUAAAUUUUAACUUGUAAUAAUAACCCGUUUGAUUAUAUGUUUUUAUGGCUAGCAUUAAUUGUUCUGCAUUAAUAAAGCCAAUUAU